ACUAGCCAGUGUUUUGUAGUUAUGAUGUUCUGCUAACUUCCUUUGAGAUAACAAACAGAUCUGCAAUGAAGCUCAAAUCGCUCCUCUUACGAUUGCUGCUCAGUGUCAUAUCAUUGGUUGUGUUCAACGAGUUUAUUGUGUACUAUAUUGUGUUGUUGAAAUGCCAAUGGCCCUCCAAGCCGGUGUCCGUGAAUGGAUUAGAGCCCGUCAGCGUAAUGUUGCUCGCCGAUACCCAUCUUCUGGGACCCGUGCGUGGACAUUGGUUCGAUAAACUUCGACGAGAGUGGCAAAUGCAUCGCGCAUUUCAAUCAGCCAUGACGCUAUUCCAACCCGAAGCGGUAUUCAUCCUCGGCGAUGUGUUCGAUGAAGGCAAUUGGGUCAACCAGAAGGAGUUUGAUAACUACGUCGAUCGCUAUAGGAAAAUGUUUCACACUCCGCGAGGUGUAACAUUGCACAGCAUCGUUGGGAAUCACGAUAUAGGCUUCCACUAUGCAACUCGACCAAAUCUGGUCCAACGGUUUGGCGACCAGUUUAACAACACAGGUGUGUCGCUGAUCAGCCUUCGGGGAGUCAACUUUGUGGCGAUCAACUCAAUUGCCAUGGAAGGCGAUGGAUGCUAUCUGUGUGAAAAGGCUGAAGUGGAAUUGAAAACCAUUGAAUCGAUCUUCAAGUGUGGUCGAGGCAUUGGACAGUGCAAGGAUGUGCCGAAGCUGGAGGAAUACAGUCGACCGAUCGUGCUUCAGCAUUUUCCCAUGUACCGGGAGUCUGACAAGGAGUGUAAGGAGCACGAUUCACCGCACGUUGACCUCUACCGUGAACGGUGGGAAGUGUUAUCGAAGGAAUCGACGGAUUUGAUCGGUGAUUUGCUUAACCCAAGGCUCGCGUUCAGUGGACACUCGCAUCACUACUGCCAUAUGCUUAAAAAUCGUUUACAAAUCGAAGAGUACACGUUGCCUUCCUUUAGCUGGCGAAACAAGCAGAAUCCCAGUUUCCUGCUGGCCCGAAUAUCUCUCAAAGAACAUACCAUUUCACGAUGCCGGAUGCCGGAAGAGAAUACAAUCGUAACCAUUUACCUCGUCGGGGGCAUUAUGAUACUUCUCGUCUCCACGCUCAAAGUAAGCGGGUUUAUCGGUCAGCUGUGGUCAUUCCUCUGCCGGGGUCGCAAGGAUUAUAAAAAACUUACCAAAUAGUGCUGGGAACAUAGUGUUGUAGAAUAAAAUUUAUUG